AUGCCGUAUUCCUGCUCCGGGAAUGAGGUGGGUUUCUGCAUGUCGGCAUCUGGCCUGGUCCUGUACCCGGUGCAACCCGCGGGAAAACGGCUGGAGUCCGCGCUGUGCCCCUCCCGCCGUCGCCGCUUUCAAGCAGCUGCUGCUGCCGUCACCUCCUGUGAGAAGCCUUAUGAAUGUAAAGAUUGUGGGAAAGCCUUCAGUCAUCCCUCAUUCCUCCCUAUACAUAUAAGAACUCACAGUGGUGAGAGACCUUAUAAAUGUACAGAAUGUGGACAAGCUUUUAAAGAUCCCACUUCCGUCACUAAUCAUACAAGAGUUCACAAUGGAGAGAAGUCUUAUGAAUGUACAGAUUGUGGGAAAGCCUUUAGUUGUUCCUCAACCCUCACUCAACAUAUAAGAAUUCACAGUGGAGAGAGGCCUUAUUAUUGUAAGGAAUGUGGGAAAUCCUUUAGUAAGUCCUCAAAUCUCACUAGCCAUAUAAGAACUCACAGUGGAGAGAGGCCAUUUGAAUGUAAGGAAUGUGGAAAAACCUUUUUUCGGUCCUCCCACCUCAAUCUCCAUUUCAGAAAGCACACUGGAGAUAAGCCUUAUGAAUGUAAGGAGUGUGGGAAAACCUUUAGUUUCUCCUCAUCCCUCUCCAGACAUAUAAGAACUCACACUGGAGAGAGGCCUUAUAAAUGUAUGGAGUGUGGAAAAGCCUUUAAAUCUUCCUCAUACCUUGCUACACAUACAAGAUUACAUAAUGGAAAGAGACCUUAUGAGUGUAAGGAAUGUGGGAAAACCUUUUAUCAUUCCUCCCAUCUCACUAGCCAUUUCAGAAGGCACACUGGAGAGAGGCCUUAUGAAUGUAAGGAAUGUAAGAAAGCCUUUGGUAAUUACUCAACCCUUAUUAGACAUAUAAGAACUCACACUGGAGAGAGGCCUUAUGAAUGUAAGGUAUGUGGGAAAACCUUUAUUCAGUCCUCAGCCCUCACUGCACACAUAAGAAUUCACACGGGAGAGAAGCCUUAUGAAUGUACGGAAUGCAGGAAAACCUUUAGAUAUUCCUCAUCCCUCGUUAUUCAUAUAAGAACUCUCAGUGGAGAGAGGCGUUAUGAGUGUAAGGAGUGUGGGAAAGCCUUUAGUUAUCUCUCAUACCUCACUAGACAUACAAGAAUUCAUAGUGGAGAGAGGCCUUAUGAAUGUAAAGAGUGUGGGAAAGCCUUUAUUCAGGUUUCAAAUCUCACUAGACAUAUAAGAGCUCACAGUGGAGAGAAGCCUUAUGAGUGUAAGGAAUGUGGGAAAACCUUCAGUCAGUUUUCACAACUCACUAGACAUGAAAGAACUCACAGUAGAGAGAAGCCUUAUGACUGUAAGGAAUGUGGGAAAGCCUUUAAUCAGUUUUCACAACUCACUACCCACAUAAGAGCCCACAGUGGAGACAGGCCUUAUGAAUGUAAAGAAUGUGGGAAAACCUUUAGUCAGUCCUCACACCUAACUAGUCAUAUAAGAACGCAUAGUGGAGACAGGCCUUAUGAAUGUAAGGAAUGUGGGAAGGCCUUUAGUCAGUCCUCACACCUCACUACCCACAUAAGAGCUCACAGUGGAGAGAGGCCUUAUGAAUGUAAAGAAUGUGGGAAAACCUUUAGUCAGUCCUCACACCUCACUACACAUACAAGAAUUCACACUGGAGAGAGGCCUUAUGAAUGUAAAGAAUGUGGGAAGGCCUUUAGUGAUUAUUCAUCUCUCUGUAGACAUAUAAGAACUCACAGUGGAGAGAGGCCUUAUGAGUGUCAGGAGUAUAGAAAAGCUUUUGGUGAUUAUUCACCUCUCAGUAGACAAAAAAUUCACAAUGGAGAGAGGUCUUAUGAACGAAAGCAGUGGGGGAAAGACAGUAGUGAUUAUUCAACCAUUAUUAGACAAAACUAA